AUGAGUGCACAACAAGAUCAACAAAAUUCGAAUCAACCCAACAUCCCAGGCUUUCCAGGUCUUCCUGGUUUUCCAGGCUUUUUGGUGCCGUUUACUUUAGGUUUUCACCCUCGACACGAACGCACGCAAGCCGGUAAUCAAGCAAACGAUUCUAAUAGUAAUAAUGCAUCCCACGAUCAACCAUCAAAUAAUAAUAUAGACGGUGCACCAAAUCAACCAUCAAAUAAUAAUUCAGACGGUGCACCACAUCAACCAUCAAAUAAUAAUAUAAAUGGCGAACCACCAGAUGUAUUUCAUUUCUUAAUAACUGUUAUGCCUGGUCCUAAUGAUGAGGAAAAUAAUCAGCCUUCUACACCAUUUAUGGUCUUUUUCGCACCAUUAUUCAUUCCUCCACAAGAAGUUCAGAAACCACAUCUUUCUGACGCCGCAAUGAACAAAUUACCGCUUGUCACUAUUACCCAAGAACAUAUUAAUACGAAAGCAACUUGCUCAAUUUGUCUAGAGCGUUUUUCUUUACCUGAAACUACAGAUGAUCAAACACAACGACCAAUAAGAGAAAUGCCGUGCAUCCUUAACGCAAUAAAAUCUGUAAACGUACCUGGUGGCUGGAAGGUCGUAGUGGUAGAUGACUAUUCACUUAAAGUUAUAGAAUCCACCUGUAAGACCUUUGACAUUCUCGAAGAGAAAGUUACUUUGGUAGAAAACCUUCAAAAAACUCGUCAACCUUAUCCAAAUCUUGAGGCUGUAUACAUCAUUACUCCAUCACAGAGCUCUGUCGAUAAAGUGAUUGAGGACUUUACUAAGCAAAAGUCUUCUCCUUUAUAUGCUGGCGCUCAUUUAUUUUUUAUAUCUCUUCGAGAAGCACAAGUAUACUCUUUAGAAUCUCCUUCAAGUUUCUUCAAAUUAUAUUCACCUGAUGAAAGCCCUUUGUUUGAUGGUGAACUAAAAAAACUUGCCAAACAGCUUCUUUGCGUUUGUGCUUCAUUGGGUGAAGAAAACCCUUUGAUACGUUUUCAAAGGGGAAUAGAUUCUGAUCAUCCAACAAAAGCAUUACCUUUUAAAUUGGCUCAAUUGGUACAAGCAGAAUUAGAUGAGCAUGCAAGAAAUAAAAAACGUCAUUCACCUCCACAUGAUAUAAACCGCCCACGAGCUGUUUUAUUUAUUGUAGAUCGAACUAUUGAUAUGUACACUCCAAUACUACAUGAAUUUACAUACCAGGCUAUGGCAAAUGAUCUUUUGAAAAUAGACAAUGGUCAAAAAUUUACUUACAGCUAUGUUGGUCAGGAUGGUUCAUCUGCUACAAGAGAUGCUAUAUUAGAUGAAACUGAUACUAUUUGGGUCGAUAUACGGCAUAAACAUAUGAAAGAUUGUAUCGAUCAGCUUAUGACUGAUUUCAAUAAAUUUUUAGAUGAAAAUUCCACUAUUACUAACAAGGAUAAGGCUGCAAGUUUGAAUGAUAUGAAAAAAAUGUUAGCAACAUUGCCUCAAUUUCAAGAUUUGAAGGAUAAGUAUUCGGUCCAUUUGAAUAUUUCACAAGAAUGUAUGAGUGUAUUUGAGAGUGAAAGACUCCCAGAUAUAGCCACAAUUGAACAGAAUUGUGCCACUGGAUACACUCCUGAGGGUCGGCACCCAAAAACACUGGUUGAGGACAUGGUGCCAUUAUUAGAUAGUUCCUUUGUUAGCACAAUUACUAAAGUAAGAGUUCUCAUGCUUUACAUAAUGUAUAAGAAUGGUAUCCUAGAGGAAGAUAGACGUAAGCUAUUGGCUCACUCAAGGAUUUCCUUACCAGAAAAUGAUGCCAUUAAUAAUUUAACAUUUUUUGGGGUUAAAUUGAUUAGGUCACCAUCGAACACUUUUAAAAAGUCUAAAAAAUAUAGACAAAAACCUGUAGAUCCAGACUGUUAUGAGAUUUCUCGAUAUGUUCCAAGAUUAAAAAUAGUUUUAGAGAGCCAUAUUAAUAGAACAAUAGAUCAUACUGCGUAUCCAUAUACAAGGGAUCCAACGGGAGAUCCUGAUGAAAUUAAGGCUUUACCACAAGGUCCUGUUUCUCUAAGAAGUGCCAGAGCUGGAUGGGGUAAGAAAGAUCAAACUACUGAAAAUCCUCGUAUCAUAGUGUUUGUAGCCGGUGGUGUUACAUACUCUGAACUCCGUUCUGCUUAUGAACUCUCGAAUAAAUAUAGUCAAGAUGUUAUAAUCGGUUCAACACAUAUUAUAACACCUCGACAAUUCAUCGAAGAUUUAAAGCAUCUUCGCAGGCAGCCCACCAUGCACGCACCACCUUCUCGUGCAGGUGCUCCUGUAACCCCAAAUUAUGGUGGUAUGAGUCCAGCAUCCUUCUUUAAUAGAACACCAUCUUCGUCUUCAGCAUCUUCAGUAUCCUCAGCGUCUUCUGGUGGUUAUCAUCCACCACAAGGUGGAUAUUAUCAGCCACAACCACAGCCACAGCCGCAGAAAGGCGGAUAUCCUAAACAGACUGGAUAUUCACAACCUACUUAUUCACAACCAAACGCGUACCCGAAUACACAAGGGAGUCAUUCAUUACCAUUUCGUCAAAAUAUAAUUGAUAGAAUUUUAGUCUACAAUAGUAAUCAAACGGGUGUGAAAAAAUGUUUAGCAAAACACCCCGCCUAUCAAGGCUACCACUAA